AUUCGAAAUCACGUUUUCUCUGUCCUUUAUCUACUGCCCCGACUGCUUCUCCUACCUCCACCCCCCCCGUGCGCUGGCUCCGCGCUCCUCCUGCAGAUCCUCCUCCGUCGCCUCAACUCGCCCGCCUCUGGGUCUCGCUGCGCUACCCAAACCCCACUCCAAGCGCCCCCGCCUCCACCGCGAGGUCCUCAACGGCAUCUUCCUCCAGCAGACCCACGGCAGGCCGGAGUGCUGCGCGCCGUGCUCCGGCGCUCCGGCGAGGCACCCGUGCCGUGCGGCGGGCUGUCCGGCCCGACUGGUCUGAGCCCGACGUGGCCCGAGGCCCGACCCGGCCCAUGCAACAGCGUUCUUCGUCUCCCUCGAUCUCCACUCUCCACCAGUCCGCUUUUUCGCUCUCCUUCCCCCCCGCCCCCACCCCCAACCCCCGUGUCGUGUCCGUCCACCCACCACCAACCCACCCACACCCACGCGCAUCACAUCUUCAUCGCAAGCUAGGUAGGCCAGAUCCAAAUCACAAGGCCGCCCGGCGUGGAGCAGUAGAGUUUCGCCAAUGCCAGGGAGCGUGCCGCUGGCGCUGGGGCUGGACACUGUAGGGCUGCAGGUCCCGUGGUACUUCCGUUGCCCAAUCUCGCUGGAGCUCAUGCAGGACCCCGUCACCGUGGCGACCGGGCAGACCUACGACCGUGCCAGCAUCGAGUCAUGGGUCGCCACGGGGAACACCACCUGCCCCGUCACCCGCGCGCCGCUCGCCGACUUCACGCUCAUCCCCAACCACACCCUGCGCCGCCUCAUCCAAGAAUGGUGCGUCGCGCACCGAUCCCUCGGCGUCGAGCGCAUCCCCACGCCCAAGCAGCCGGCCGACCCGGACCUCAUCCGCUCCCUCAUCGCUCAGGGCCCUGGCCUCCCCGUGCUCAAGAAGCUCAGGGCGCUCGCCAGGGAGUCUGACAAGAACAGGCUCGUCAUGGCCACGCACGAGACCAGGGCGGCUCUCGUGGAAAUGGCGUUCGGGGGCAGCGCUGAGGAGGCUCAGGCGGAGGCCAUGGCGGUCCUCGCCCUCGUAGGGAUGGGGGAGGCGGAAGCUGUGGACGUGGUGGGCAGGGAAGACAGGGUCACCAGGCUUGCCAAAGUUCUUGGCAGCCAGGGGACGACCUUGGAGGCCAAGGUUAAUGCAGGUGCCGUCGUGGAGGCAGCUGCUGCGGUGUCGGGGGCUGAGGCCAGGGUGGUGCUUGGCGCAGCUGAUGGAGUCAUUGAAGGCCUGGUCGCGCUGGUGGACGAGAAGGCCAAUGCCCGUGCCGUGCGCGUCGGGAUCCGAGGCCUCUUUGCUCUCUGCCUGGCCAAGGAGAACAGGCAGCGCGCUGUAUCGGCUGGUGCCGCAUCGGCUCUGGCCCGGCGAGUGGCGGAGGGUGGCUGCGCUGGCGAGCUGGAGCGCGCGCUGGCAGCGGUGGAGCGGCUGUCCCGGACAGACGGUGGCCGCGAGGCGGUUGUCUCUGGCGCUGGAGGUGGCGCCGCGGUGGUGAUCGCGCUAGUGCGCGCCAUGUCAGGGCGUGCGGCUGAGCAUGCUGCGGGCGCGUUGGUGGCCGUGGUGGGCGGGUCUGAGGUGCUGCAGCUGGAAGCCGUCCGAGCUGGUGCCAUGAGUCAGCUGCUCAUGAUGGUGCAGGGCGGCUGCUCGGAGCGUGCCAAACGCAAGGCGCAGCACCUCCUGAAGCUGCUCCGGUCCGCUUGGCCGACCACCGACUCCAUGGCCAACUCGGAUGAUUUCCUCCGACCAUACUAACCCUGCAUUUCAUCCCCUUUCUGAAUCCGAACCACCACGGCACUAGGGCGGGGUGGGGGUGCCUGUAUGUAACGGUGGUAGUAGGAUCAUCGGAGAAUUUUUCUCCCCUAAAGAAAAUUUCAUGAGGCUAGGGCCGGGCAGGGGUGCCUGUAUGUAACGGUGGUAGUAUGAUUUGGUUGACACUUGCAGUAGAAAUUCAUGUUUAAAAAGUGUACAUAUACAUAUGUACCUUGUUUAAUUCUAGACUUCAACUUCCACUCUGUGAUGCAAAGUAAUUUCUUGGUACCAUGUAUCCUUUGAUCGCUUGAGAUAACAAGAAAAAAAGAGCUGCAUUACUAUUUGGUUUUUA